GAAAUAUCACUGUUGCUUUCGUAUAACUGAAGCGGACAUACCUGAGUGGCCGCGAUCUAAUCCUGUUUACAUAAAGUAAGCCUGCUCCCAAGCAGGUUUACGCUUACGGAUCUGUUGCUAUGACAGCAAGUCCCGGAUGAGCUUCGGAGAACCGAAUGAUCCAAGAUCACGCGAAAUCGUCAACAAUCAAAUCCGGCUAACUUACUUAGCGAGGUACGAAGAACGGGCCCUAGGUGUUUUUUUUAAAGUAAAUAAAUACAACUAACGCGUCAGUAGGUGGCGGUAAAACUCUUAUCAGUUCCGCAAACCGCCAAAAAAGUGAAGAGAAGAAGAAGAAGCAACGGAAGAAGCAUGGCUGCAGAUAUGAGAUUACCGACUAUUAGAAAAACCGUGUCGCUAUCAGCGUCUGCUUUUGACCGAAAAGAUCUGGUCGUACCGGGGGAUGUUAUUACUUCAGACACUGGGUUCAUGAGGGGUCAUGGCACCUACGUUGAUGACGACAAGUUGACAGCUUCAGUCGCAGGAGAGGUGCAGAGGGUGGACAAACUCAUCUGUGUCAGGCCACUUAAGACCAGGUUUAAUGGUGAGGUUGGAGAUGUUGUGGUUGGCAGAAUUACAGAGGUGCAGCAGAAAAGAUGGAAGGUGGAGACAAACUCCCGACUGGACUCUGUCCUCUUGCUGUCUUCUGUAAACCUGCCAGGAGGAGAGCUGAGGAGAAGAUCAGCAGAAGAUGAGCUGACCAUGAGAGAAUAUCUUCAGGAGGGAGAUCUCAUCAGUGCAGAGGUGCAGUCUGUCUUCUUGGAUGGAGCUCUGUCACUUCACACCCGUAGUUUAAAGUAUGGAAAAUUGGGUCAAGGAGUGCUGGUCCAGCUUUCCCCUUCUCUGAUCAAGAGGCAGAAAACGCAUUUCCACAACCUGCCGUGUGGCGCAUCCAUUAUCCUGGGGAAUAAUGGCUUUGUGUGGUUGUAUCCUACACCGGGCCAACAGGAGGAGGAAGCUGGGGGUUUCUACACCAGCCUUGAGCCUGUCAGCCUGUCGGAUCGAGAGGUCAUUUCACGGUUGAGAAACUGCCUGCUGGCUUUGGCUGCGCACAAAGUCCUCCUGUAUGACACCAGUGUUCUCUACUGCUACGAAUCAUCACUUCAGCACCAGGUGAAGGACAUCUUAAAACCAGAGGUGAUGGAGGAGAUUGUAAUGUUGACGCAACAGAAGCUCUUGGAACAGGAGGGUUAAAGAGCCCAAAGCCUUGUCACAAGUCAAAAUCACAUCAGGCCAGCUGUGGACCCGACCACUGAUCUGAAAGCUGAAUUAGCUUUAUUUUCUUAGAGAUAUAAUGAAAUUGUCAAAGUCCAACGUGUUUUAUUAAAGGAAACCAGUAUUAUUGUUGUUGUUUUUUUUUAAUAGCAAACACAAGUGAAGUGUAACUCGUUCAAUGUGUGCAGCAUUUCAGCUAUUCUAAAGUUUUACAAAAUAAUAGUCAAUCUUUUUUUUUCAUGUGAGAUAUAUAUAUAUAU